UGUGCACCGAACUCGUAACGGAGUAGAAAUAGAUUUUUUUUUUUUUUGGUGAGAUUUUUUGUUUCUCGUUAAGUCCUGAACCGAUACAAUUCACGAGUACUGCUAUUAUAUAUGCCAUCGACGGUUAUUAUAUACUCUGCAACCGGCACAGUACACGGCCGCACCGUCACGCCGCAACAGUUAUAUAAUAUUAACGUAUAAGUUACAAGUACUAAGUAGGUUAGGUACCUAUAAUCUGUAUUAAAAUAUAAUAUAGUACGUUUACAUAUAACACGUUCGUAAGAUUUAAAAAGAUUGUCACGAUGAUCAUUGCCGCCGUCGUAGGAUUCACCAUCGGUUUAUUAUUGAAGACCGCCACGGUCGUAGCCCAACAGAACGUCUCAUUUUUGAACGGACUUCCAGAAAACUUCACGUCGGACGGCGCUAUCGAUGUGCAGUACACGUCGUGCAAAGUCAUCACCGACCGUAUCGUGGCCACCGCCGAGGGAAAGUUUUCGCGGUUUUGUCACGGCAUUUGCAACAUAAACGAGACGAACGUGAGGCUUCAUCGCAUCGAAACGUUAUUAAUAGCAGACGCAGAAAACAUAAAACAACGAUUGUUUCAUAUAGAACGCGUUUUAUUGAGCGGGCAAAUCAUAAGUAAGCCUGCAGUGGGUGACGGUGGUGCAGGGCCGGUGGACACCAAGAGACUUCGGGAGAUCGGCACGUACAACGGCACCGUGUCUACCACCGAGGACGGUCCCACCGGAAGCGGACGUCCGCGGGCACCGACCACCGCCGCGUUCGUCUACUACUGGCGCGUGGACGCGUUCUGGCGGCUGUCGUUCGGCGCCGCGGACGGCCUGGUCCGUAGCCCGCCGUUUUACGUGUCACCCCGUAGUUACCGGAUAUCGCUUUCCGUCCACUCGGACGUGGUGGCCCGCACCGUUCGCGUGGCCGCCGUGCCGGCCGCCGGCGAGUACGACGCGCAGCUCAGGUGGCCGUUCGCGCACCGGCUUCGGCUCAGCGUGCUCGACCAGACGGACUUCGAACCGGAAGACAUCGUGUCCCGGAUCUGGGACGACGUCCGGUGCGCCGCCACCGCCGAAACCGUCUGCGCGUCCAUGGAGUUCCGGCACGACGUGCUGACGUACAGGCGUUACGCGGUCGGCGACGCGAUCGUCGUCAAGCUGACGGUGUUCUUGCAAUAGAAAUAACCUCGUCGGCUUCAUUUAUGUUCCGUUUUAUUAUUUUCGCAUAACAGUUCGACGGCCCGACCGAGAAUCUUUUCCGAAAUAUGUAGAUUUAAAUAGAUUUAAACCUUACGAUAAAUGAUAAUAUUGUAUACUGUAUAGUAUAUCGACUUAAUUCGAGAGAUUAAACCGGUUGAUAUGGUUCACGGCUGACGGUUUCAUAAUAUAAGUCUAAAUGCAGUUGGCUCAGUAUUAAAAAAUGCUAUAAUAUUAAUUGAUAGUAAAAAAAUGUACGGUUUUUUUUAACUCAAUUAUUGAUUAUUAGACUAUUAUUGAUAAUUUAUAUAUUAUACAUGUUUAUAGGGGUGGGCCAUAACCAAUAUACCUAAUUAGUAAUUAUAUAAAAGUAUGUCAUUGAACAUACUUAUUUAAAUAUCGUAGGUACAGUUUUUAUUUAAAGCUUACCCGCAAAGAAAAAUGUUUUCAAAAAUCUAUUUUUUUGUUAUACAAUUAUUAAUAAGUACCUAGAAACAAAUGUUGAAUUUUCCAAUUUAUGUUUGUACGAUAUUUUGAUAAAUAUACCAAUAAAAAUGUGUUUUUAUGAUUUUUAUAUAGCCAAAAAUAAUAUUGUUAAUUGAUAUUUUGCGGAAAUCGGUAUUUUCUCUUUUCUUUUCGACAGUGGAAGUGUAUUGCGUCACACGCUGAACUCUAGUAUAACACAAACACAUAUAUUUGGUACUGUUCGCACCCUGUAUAAUAUACAGAAAUAAUUACAUAGCAA